AUGAUUCUAUCUGCUCAACUUCUCUAUCUUCUUUUUUACACUUUUGAUGUGAGCGAUGAAGCGCUAUUUGGUAUGAGUUGUGAAGAACAUCGAGAUGAGUUAUCCGAGUGGUCUCAGUGCAUCAUACCGCACGGUGAUCUAUCCAAUACAAUCACUCGCUUUUUGAGAAGUGUUAAAAAUUUUGGAUGCAAACUUCCACCUAGAAAAGUAAUCAAAUAUGGACUCAACUUUUUGCGUAAUAAUUCGAACAGCUAUUUAGAACAUCCACUCUAUAAGCGUAUCACCAUUCAAAACUGUGGCAAAUGCAGCCGACGAAUCAGAUGUUGCAAGAGAUCAAAAUCAUUUCUCGCUCAAGCUUAUGAAUCAGAAGCAUGCUCAGGAUCAGAUGCUGCUUGUGUGUUCGAUCCACUUUCAGCCAGCGACUUACGAGAGCUCUCGGAAAGAUAUCUGAAUGUAAUGCCACCGGAGGAUCGAUGUAAUGUAUCAGGCUAUGUAGCAGCUGAGCUAAUAACAUUAAGCAAAGGACCCGCAUAUCAAUAUGUGGAACCAUUGCUUUAUCAGAUACUAGGUACCAGAAUACCCGCUGUAAACUGCGUUCUGAAUGGUGAUAAAUGCCAUUGCUGUUGCUUUUCACAUACUCCUCAACCAGAAGGUUAUUGUUCUUAA